CACCCCACAGUCCUGGUGCCGAUGGGGACGCUGCUGGGGGGGGAUCCCUGUCCCUCGGGCUCCCCGCGGUGACAGCAGGGACCCGAUCCUGUCCUCAGCAGGAGCACAGAGCCGCCUGCGUGGGCACGCAUCGCCCCCAGCCCCGCAGGGAGGGGAGGCCGGGCGGGGGCACAGGCAAAAAGCCUCAUCCCUGGCGCGAGGGCGCUGCCUGCCAGGGCUGCUCUGCUUUCUCCCCUGGGAACCAGUCGAGCCGGCGGGCGAGGAGCGGUGAGGUGGCAGUGUCACCGGGCCAGGAGGGGACAGGCAGGACGCGCCAGGCUCUGCUGCAGCAGCUCCCAGCACAGGCAGCCUCCAGCAGCUCUGUCGGGCAGCGGGGGAUGGACCCCAGGGCAGGGCAGGAGCCCAUCAGUGUGCUCGGGCUCAUCCUGGGCCUGGGGCUGGCCCUGCUGAUCCUGGUGCUGUUUGGCUACGCCUUCGUCCGCUGCUACCAGCAGGGCCGGUGCUGGAGCCGGCCUGACUUCGUCUUCAACCUCUACCACAGCCGCGGGCUGAGGUCGGUGGCGGUGGAGCUGGCACCACCAUUCAGCAUCAGCGGCUUGCUGAGCGAGGCGGGGGGCGGCUACGUGCGCUUCCAAGAGCAGAGGCUCUGAGGCUGGUGAGCAGGUAGGGCACAGCCCCGCUCCCCACGCGUGUCCCCAGCCACUUGUGGCCCCUCUGCAGUGCCGUGGCCCCGUGGCUGCCCUGCAGAGCCCACCCGCAGCGUGUGCGGGGCCGUGCGGCCGGCGGCGUUUGGGUGCUGGGUGAGAAACGCUGCGCCCCACUGCCUCCUUCCCCUCUUGUAGUCCCAGCUGUGGCUUUCCCUGGGAUAGUCCCAAGGUUUUUCCUCCAAAAGUCCUCCCUGAGCCUGUGGGGCAUCAGGGGUUUUCCCUGGGCUCUGGUUUUAUUUCUCUCCUUGCAGGCUUUGGCCCGUGCCACAGCGCUCUGCUGCCUGUGCAGUGAGCUCCCCGUGCUGCUGCAGGGCGAUGGGGGGGUUCCCUGGCUGCCCCCUCCCACAGCUUUUGGGAUCAGCAGGGUGCCCUCAGGGUGGGUGCUUUGGGCUCUCAUUGUGCCAUCCCUGGCUGGGACAGCCCUGCAAUGCUGUCCCUGUACCCUGUGGGACUUUGAACGGGCUCGUGGCCGGGGGCAAAGGGGUCCGGGGCUGCAGCACGUGUGCUCCCCAUGCCAGCACGGCCCUGGCUGCUUCCCCCCUGCUGUCUCAUCCCCACUGCCAGCGACCACAGAAAGAGCAACCAAAAUCAGCCGUGGGGGAGUUCCUCUGUUCUCAGUUCUUCAAAAAACUGCCCCCAGAUAUGCUGGAUUUCUACCAAAAUUGGAACAGAGCAGUUUCUGUUCUACAGAGCUUCUUCAUCUGCUCCCUGCAGCUGCGGUCCCCUCCCCGGCCAUGGGGAGAGCUGCAAGGUGCCAGCUGCUCUCCUGGGGCUGGGGCACGGGCUCAGCCUCCCCUCGCUUGAAGUGGAGAAAACAGGGCUCUGCUUCACCCCAAGCACCCAAAGAGAAGCAAAUUGUCCCCACGGUGCCCCGUGGCUCAGACAUCCCAGCGCUCAGGCCCAGGCGGAGCAGGGCUGCAGAAGGGCGAGGAACUGCAGAGCCCGGCGCCGCAGAAAGGGCUGGCUUUGUGCAAUAGGGGAAAACGCACAAGGAAAUGAGACUGCUUCGCGUUUCCCUCAGCCAAAUAUCUGAGCCAAUGUGGAAAUUUCUGCCAUCUGCACUGACCCUGUGAGCGAACACGUCAGAAAGCCCCUGUGGGUUGCCUUGUGGCUUUCUGGUGUGGCUCGCAUGGGGCGCAGCAGCCUGGCACCGGGGGGCUCGGGUGCAGCAGGACAGGUCCCUGGGGCUGUAUGGGGCAGCUCUGGGCUGUGCCAGAGCACUGGGCACACCGUGAGCCCACUGUGGGAUGGGGAUCAGUGCCCAUGGCCUGGUGGCAUCUUGGUAAGAAGGGGCCAGGACACCUUGCUCCUGUCCCACCGUGCGUGCGCUGCGUGCCCAUGUCCUCGUAGCCCCCGUUGUGUGGGCACACAUCCAGCCGGGUGCCCAGGGGGUGCCCAGCACAGCACCCUGUGCCAACAUGCUCUGCAACCCUCA